AUCACAGCUGCGUUGCGUCGACUUGGAAACUAAGAGCUACUCUUCUGGUAGCCAGGACGUACGCUUCCUGCACAAGAGAAUCAAGGAGCUGGAAACACACCUUGAGGAGCAGGAGUCUAAGCAAAGUUCUGAACAACGCUCGUUGCGUAACGUUGACCGAACAGUGAAGGAUCUCCAAUCCCAGAUUGAGCGACGUGAUAAGAUGAAUGCACAGCUGAACGAUGACGUCACCAAGACACGCGCAAAGAUCGACCGACUCCUGCGCGACAUCGAGGAGCUUCAGCAAAGUGAGUCCGAGGCACAGCUCCAGGCGCGUCGAGCGGAACGAGAACUGCGGGAAGAACGAGAGAAGCUACUCCGGGUGGAGCGAGAAUUGGAGGGCUGGAGGGGCCUCCGUGUUGAACGGGGCAGCGCAAUCGGACGGAUCAGCGCAUGGAGUGAUGCUGGCAGCAGACGGGGCAGCAGCGUGUACAACUCCGGCGAUAUACCACAACGGAUGCCCAGCAACACGAAAGGCUUCUUGGCCUGAGCGACAACUUACGAACAUGACUUGAUUGAAGCCCUGCAUGGCUAUGGAG